UUUUAAGCCUGCUAAAUGUCAUCUCAGUGAAAGCAAACUGAAAGUUCGAUGAAAUAGAAGAUCUAUAGCUUCAGGACGCUGAAGAAAUCUCACAGAAAUUCCUCACAGUUCGAAUCAACMAAGUGAAGCAUUUUCGCGCCAAAUUCUAAGUAAUUUAUUGCAAGUGAGAUCGCUAUUGAACAUUCAGGAUAUGGAACCAUCAUCAUUGACUUCUGACUGGAUGGAGUACUUCUGCAAAUCUGGAGAGCUAUUAUUUUACUACAACAAGGUGACAUCUGAACACAGAUGGCCAGAUAUCUGCAAUNCCAUUAUCAAUGGAACAGCAAUCUAUGGACGUCCCCUGCUCUGCACAGGAACACAGACCGAAGAUUUUGGUUGCAUCAAYGGUUGUUUAUCUAUGUAUUCUUGUGUCAACUCCAAAAAUGACAAUGCCACAUCAGAUACUGAUAAUGAUAGCACAUGUACUAGAGCUGUGCAACCUGUCAACAUGAUUAUGGAAAACAAAUUUCCUGARGACCCCUCACAGCCCAAAAUAAAAAUAUCACCAUCACUAUAUCACCAUCCUAGUAAAGAUGGAGACGUUACAUGCAAGAUUUCACAUGAUGCAGCAACUCAACCAGAAGAUGCUGAUGGCAAUCUAACAUGCGAUAUCCAUGUUGACAACAGUAUCCAUGGAAACCAGAUGUGUGACAGUAUCCAAGACAACAGUGUCCAGGGAAACAAAAUACAAGAGAGCAUCAUUCUAGACAACAGUAUUGCUAUCAAUGGAGMCAAUGUACCUGCAGCUACAUGUUUGGCAUUAAAACUUGAAGGCAGUAUCCAAGGUAACAUCAUCAAUGGUGACACUAUCAACGAGGAUGGUUACCAUGGCACCUCCRCAUUGAAACAAGGGGAGGCAGGUUUUAAUACUGAUAAGCAUGAAGCUGUACCUCCACACGCUAUUUCAUCUCAUGAUGACAAGAAAACAGACCCUUUAGAGGAAGAAGUUUAUAUUACAACAGUUCAAUCUCACUCCAUUCAUAAUUUACCCUUCAACAUCAAAGAAGAGACUACAAUGGAUCCGAACAGCAAUGAUGGAUCAUUGAUAUCACACACAGAAAGUUCAACAAAAGACUCUUUGAUAGAAAUGCAAGAUCAAAAUGUAAGUAUUGAUGAUGUUGGURUAUCAGUAAAUGAGUGCGCUGUACAUGAAGACAAAGGCAACGUUUCGGAGAAGGGAAUAGAAUCGUCUGCUGAAAAWGACRUUCGCGAAAAUAWUGAURAAGAGUUGACCGKYAGGGAUUAUGAAGACAAAUUAGAGGGUAUAUGCUCUGCAAAAGCAAGGCGUGACUCUAUUUCAGAGGCUCAUAUCGUUCUUGAAGAAGACGCGGAUCYCUUAAAUGUUGAUGAAAACACUAAAGAACUGCAAAUCRUUGAGGAAGGACCGACAUUUUCACCAAAMGUUGUCGAAGAAAGACUGAUACCUUGUCAGUUAUGUGAUUCAUAUCUUAACACAAGCCAAAAUUAUCAUGAGCACCUAAAAGAACACUGUUGCGAGACGUCAACUCAGUGYCCAAUUUGUAAAAAAGGUUUUGGCCGAAAGUCUUCUUUGUUUAUUCAUUUACAAGUGCAUUCCCGUGCAAGAGGUCACUUGCGCAGUCAUAAAUGCCUAGAGUGUAACAAGACCUUCAUCUCAAGGGCACGCUUACAAGACCACAKCUCAGUUCACACAGGUGUUAACCACAAUUGCUGUGAAACAUGUGGCAAGUCAUUUCGCUACAGAAACCAACUCUCCCAACACAGCUUACUGCACACAAACAUUCAGUGCAAAGUUUGUAAAAAACGAUUUAACCUGAAAAAAGACCUCAACAAACACGAAAAGAUAAAGUGUACUCCAUGUAGCCAACCCUUUCAAUGUAAAAUUUGCCUAAAGUCAUUCACUUUGCAAUCAACCUUGAUUGCACACGCUCGAUUUCACAGCAGUACUCGGCCAUUUAAGUGCGAUCUCUGUGAGAARAGAUUUMUAACCAARCGGUACCUCUYAAUACAUCAAAGAAUACACUCGGGUGAAAGGCCCUACGACUGCAAAAAGUGUGGAAAAACUUUCAGAUUUCAUUCAAACUUCCUGACUCACAAAUGCAAGUGCAAAUAUAAACCUGCCAGUCGCACCAACCAAUCGACACAACCGAAGAAAAAACACGAGUGUAAAUAUAAAUCUGWUGRGGAUAAAUAUAAAUGUGACAGUCGCGCCAACCAAUCGACACCACCGAAGAAAACACACGAGUGUCUCGAGUGUGGAAAGAAAUUCGACUUUGAAUGUAAUCUAAAGCUUCAUGAGCGCGUUCAACAUGACUUCUUAACRCCAUACAAGUGCAAUACUUGUGGAGUAACGUUCAAGUAUAAGCGAUAUCUAACUCUACAUACAUGUAAGUAAACCAAGAUUAAAGUUAGAUGCACAUGACUUGCAUUUUGGUCACCACAGUUUGUCAUAGCUUUAAUAUGUGGAUUUUGGAUAUUCUCUCAGAAGAUCAUAUGUUUUUGCAAAAAACAAUCGUCAGGACUAUGCAUAUUUGGAGUAGUUAUUGUUGUCCAGUAAUACCUCAUGUUCUAAGACUAUCGUGAGAAAGCUCACAAGACUUGACAAUUCUGGGAUUGGACUAUUGUGGUAUAGAGACCUAACAGGCAUAGUACGCUCUUUCUAUUGUAUACCUAUAUUUGUUUAAAAUACAGCAAUAUUCAGAAAUUAUGGUCUUAUGGAAACAUAUCUGAAGUUGCCUGGCACUAGUAACUUCUGAAAACAAUAUUGGCGACGA